UAUUUUCUACUGACGUGUGUUUGACAAGGGAUCGUCGAAGAAGCGAUACAUUUGCGGCAGUAUUUAUUUUACUAAACGCAGUUGAAAAAGCAUUUGAUUAGGGAUUCUUUGGAUAGUAAAAGAUAUAAGUAAAAGGAACUGUUCACUACAAUACCAAAAAAGUUUCUGGAAAAGUGCAAGUCGGACUUUUGAAUCUGUGACGCACUCCCUAUACAAUAUAAUACAGUGCAUCCAGCAGCGCUUAUUGGAGGCCAGCACAAGAAACUGCUAGUAGCAGAACGUUUAGAAAGUGGCAGAUUACACGUAGCACCUUUUCAUCUUAUUUGUAGUUCAAGUAAAUUUAAUUAAAACGGCUUGGAAACACGUGUCUGGUGCACCUUCAUCAUGGUAGUGCCGCUGAAUGAUAUGCUGCCUUUUGCCAGCGCAGAACGAAAGCUGGCAGCGUGCGUACUGUUGUUGCUGCUAGAACUAUUUCUAGAAGGUGCCGAAGCGGUGCCCAAUCAGGCUGACAUUGAAAACCAUCUGGAGCUGGGCAAAGAAUUUCUAGCGCGGGGACAGCUCUCAGAUGCGCUCACGCAUUACCAUGCAGCUGUUGAGGGUGAUCCCAACAACUAUUUGACACUUUUCAAGAGGGGCACGGUCUACUUAGCACUGGGCAAGGCGCGUUUCGCAAUAACAGAUUUCACUCGUGUUUUGGAACUGAAGCCUGAUUUCACUGCGGCGCGAAUGCAGCGCGGUAUUGUGCAUGUAAAGAGCGGAGAAUAUGAGCUUGCAGUAGAAGAUUUUGAACAAGUGUUACAAGAGGAUCCCUAUAAUGAUAGUGCAAACGAGUACUAUAAGCGCAGUGAUGCUGCUAUGGAGCAAUGGGAAAACAUAAAAGAUCUCAAAUAUCGUGGCGACGAACGUAAUAUCAUUCCAAUGAUUACACAACUACUUGAGAUCUCGCCGUGGUCUGUGGAGUUCCGUCAGACGCGUGCUGACGCUUAUAUUGCCAUAAAUGAUCUACUACCUGCCAUCUCCGAUCUCCGUUCCGUGAACAAAUUGUCACAGGACAGCACAGAAGGCUAUUAUCGCAUUGCAUUGCUGUUAUACAAAAUGGGACAGGCAACAAAUGCGCUCAAAGAGAUCCGUGAGUGUCUGCACCUUGAUCCCGAACAUAAAGACUGCUUCCCCUUCUACAAGAAGCUAAGAAAAGUCGAAAAGAGCUUGUCGAAUGCUGAAAACGCGCGCGAGGAGAAACAGUAUGCGGACUGUAUAUCUUCUGCGGAGUCCGCAUUAAAGCAAGAGAAGGAGGAAAAUAUGAUUAUAUAUGAGGCUAAACGACUAUUGUGCACCUGCUAUACACGCGACGAACAGUAUGCCAAAGCUUUGAGCCAUUGUAAGGAGGCGAUUGAAUUGUCGAGUGACCCACAAUUGUACUGUGAACGCGCUGAUGCCUACUUGGGCUCAGAGAUGUACGAUGAUGCCAUACAUGAUUAUCAAAAAGCGUUAGAAAUGGACGAGAGUCUGCAACGCGCUAAGGAGGGUAUAGAGAAAGCGAAAAGACUGCAAAAACAAGCUGAACGGCGGGAUUAUUACAAAAUUCUCGGUGUAAAACGUAAUGCGAAUAAGCAAGAAAUUAUCAAAGCUUAUCGCAAAGCAGCACAAAAAUGGCAUCCAGACAAUUUCAGAGAUGAUGAAAAAAAGAUCGCAGAAAAGAAAUUCAUCGAUAUUGCGGCAGCCAAAGAAGUACUGACCGAUCCCGAGAAACGAAAACAGUUCGACAUGGGACAGGAUCCUCUCGACCCCGAGGCAAAUCAACAAGGGGGUGGCUUCCGAGGUGGCAGUCCAUUUGCGCACUUCCAACACGGGUCACCGUUCCAAUUUAAAUUCCAUUUCAAUUAGAAGUACCAUAAUCCUCAGGAUAAAUCUAUUAACAAAUAUACCUUAGCGCAUACCUAGAUUAAGUCGGUUUGUUGUUAGGUCUUCUAUUUUAAAGUAUCAUAUAAGCGUGUAUUGAACGUGUGUUGCUACUGUUGCCAUGCGAUCACGUAAGCUAGCUUGCA